AUUUUUUUGGCCAAAAGAGCAAUUCCAGUUCCAUGCAGUCGCUUCGCUUGCCAUUACUUGUUCAAAAUUGCGCAAUUAGACCACCGGUCCAUAAUUCACUUCGAAGUUUCAAAAUUUCACGCUCUAUCCUUCCCACUUCGCAGCUCCUCUCCCUCCUCUCUCGCACACAGGAAGAAAUGGCAAGCCAGGGACAAACCCAAGAAGCCCUACAGCACAAUGACGUCGGAUUGCACCAAGAGGAAGGGGAAGGUGAAGGUGAAGGUGAAGGCGAAGAAGAAGACGAAUUGGAAAAGCUAGAAGCAGAAGUAAACGAAAUGGCCCAGAAAAUACUCAACUACAGAACCACACUCCCGGGCCAGCUCAAGUCCGCGCUUUCCUCAAUUCUCGCUGCUCAGAGGCCUGUUCUCCCGACCCAUUUCGACUCCGGACCCGAAUCUCAACCCGGACCCACUCAUGACCCUAACCCCGAUGUGGUCAGACCUAUUGGGUCGGGUAAUGAGGCCUUGUUAACAGGAGAGAGUCAGGAAACCGAGAAGAUAAGGCUUCUCAAACAGAAGAUUUCAAAUAAUGCUUCUAUGAUGCCGGUUGUCUUGAAGAGGAUGAAGGAUUGUAUGGCAAGAAUUGAUAAGCUGGACUCGUGUAAUGGAAUUAUCAUCCAUCCUGCCUUCAAAAGGAAAAGGAGCAGCUGAUCUACUUCUUUUUGCAAUUUGUCAUUUUGGUUAUAGUCUCUGUUUGAAGAGGAUUUGUGUUUUCUGCUUUGACAACUUCUUGCUGAGUUCAACAGCUAGUCACCAGCAAAGAAGAGAGACUUGUUAACCUCGAGACAUUAGGUUUAGUAAUGAUUGUCCUGUUGUAAUUAUAUAGAAUUGAUUGAAUAUGUAACAUGAUCUAGGUUCAGCUGAUGAUAAUGGAGAUCCAGAGGUCCAUGUGUGGAGAUUGCCAA